GUUAACGCGUCAGUUUACGAUUAACAGUUGAUAGAAACAGACGCUGGUCAUGUCGGAAAGCUUGGAAACUUGUGAAAUAACCUUGCCACUGGGCCGUAUUAAGGGGUCCAAGUGCAGCACCCUCUAUGACGAUGAUUAUUUUAGCUUCGAGUGCUUGCCAUACGGUAAGCCUCCAAUAGGUGAGCUACGCUUCAAGGCUCCGCAGCCGGCCGACCCGUGGACUGGGGUCUUGGAUUGCACAAGCUGUGCUUCCAAGCCGGUACAAAAGGGUCUGCUAACGGGUAUUAUCGAGGGCAGCGAAGACUGUCUCUAUCUAAAUGUGUACGCCAAGAAGAUUAAAUCAGAGCAACCACUACCAGUUAUGGUCUAUAUAUACGGAGGAGCUUUUACCAUUGGAGGGGCGACACGAGAAGCUUACGGUCCGGACUACUUUAUGAGCAAAAAUAUCGUUUUGGUUACGCUUAAUUAUCGUGUUGAUUGCUUGGGUUUCCUUAGCUUAAAGGAUCCCAGUUUAAACGUGCCUGGAAAUGCUGGACUUAAAGAUCAGGUUUUGGCACUUAAAUGGAUUAAGCAAUAUAUAUCCCACUUUAAUGGUGAUGCUAACAAUAUUACGGUCUUCGGAGAGAGUGCAGGUGGUUGUUCUACCCACUACAUGAUGUGUACGGAAAAGACACGUGGUCUUUUUCACAAGGCAAUACCCAUGUCGGGAACACUGCAUAACUAUUGGUCCAAUACCCCUCCGGCGGACUUUGCUUUCCGCCUAGCCAAGCAUCAUGGGUAUACAGGAGAAAAUGUCGAUAGUUACGUGUUGGACCACUUGCGCAAUUUGCCAUCACAUAAGCUGAUAAAUCAUAGCUUAAUUACUCCUGAGGAUCGGCGCAAUGGCAUGCUAUUUCCAUUUGGACCAACUGUGGAGCCGUAUGAAAGUGAAGACUGUGUGGUGCCCGAAGACCCAUUACAGAUGGCCCGUACUGCUUGGAGCAAUGAGAUACCUGUAAUGUUGGGCGGUGUUUCCUUCGAAGGGCUUUUUAUGUAUCCUGGUCUAAAAGCCAAUCCAACAUCAAUGGAUUCCUUGCUGCAAGAUCUUCAUCGCUUUACCCCAUACGAUGUUCGUGUUGUUAAUACAGAAGAGCAAAAUCUAAAUUGUGCCAAAAAGUUGAUUAAACUGUACUUUGGAGACGCCACUCCGAGUUCUGAGUUGAUAUUGAUUUUUAUGGAUUACUAUUCUUAUAAGAUAUUUUGGCAUGGCUUCCACCGAACAUUGAACGCACGUUUGGCCUAUUCAAAAUCUCCGACAUACUAUUAUCGCUUUGAUUUCGACUCACCCAAUUUCAACUUUUAUCGUCAAAAAUUCUGUGGGGAUGAUAUCAAGACAGGAGUAGCCCAUGCAGAUGAGUUGAGCUACUGUUUCCGUAACUUACAAUCUUGGAAGCUUGAAAGUGUAUCCGAUGAAUACCGCACCAUUCAACGAAUGGUGGGCAUUUGGACAGCUUUUGCUGCAAAUUCCAAUCCCAAUUGUUCUGAAAUUGGACAUUUAGAUUGGCAACCAGCUAAGUAUCAAGAACCACAGCGUGUUCUAAACAUAAGUAAUGAGGUAACGAUUAUUGAUUUACCUGAGUAUGAAAAGUUGCUCGUUUGGGAUAGUUUGUAUAAGGCAGAAGAUCUUUUCUAAUUGUAGAGUAUAAGAACUACACAGUAUAAUUUGGGUAAAUUAUUUAAAUUUCCCUAAGUUUAAAUCAAUAAA